UAUGCCCGAGAUCUUGUAAUUUUUGUGUGUUUUUAGUAUCACUGCUUGCGCCUUUCUUGUUGGGCAGUUCAUAUCGCCUCGUUUCGUGGAGAAGCACAAAGGCCAUCGGAAGUCCUCCAUCUGAGAACGACUUCCUUCUGAUGUAUCUCGCGGCCCUGGCGUGUCGUGAGAUAAUUUCUCCGCCAUCAUAGCGAGCCAGUUAUGAGCUGUUGUAUCAACUACUCUUAGCGCGUUUACUGAAACAGGAAUACUGCCUCGGUUAUUCGGAAAGCCCCCGAAAGCUGCCGCUAAGCCAAAGGCGGAGGCAGUGGAUGCUGUAGACGGGGGGGCAUCCAAUCAAGCCAUGGCAGCUACAAAUGAGCCAGCUGAAUCUAUCCAGCUUUGCUUCUCUCAAGUGAAAGGAUCACCGGAAGACGAUGUUGUGACCGAUGCGGACAUCAUAUCCACUCUUGAAUUCAACGAAACUGGCAGUUUGCUAGCUACGGGAGACAAGGGUGGGCGUGUUGUCAUAUUUCAACGAGACUAUGAGUCUGGGGGAGAUGCUGAUUUUAGUGUUUAUAGUGCCUUUCAAAGUCAUGAGUCCGAAUUUGACUAUUUAAAAAGCCAGGAGAUCGAGGAAAAGAUCAAUAAGAUCAAAUGGCUGAAACAGUGUAAUGCAUCCAACUUUCUGCUAGCAACAAAUGACAAAACUAUCAAAUUGUGGAAAAUCCUUGAGAGAUCUCAGCAGCCUGUAGAUUUCAACAAUGUUGCGGAGGAUCCAAGUCGUCGAAUUACGUCACUGCGUGUUCCGAAGUAUCAGACUGCACCACUGACCGUGGAAGCCAUCGAACGUCGAACAUACGCCAACGCACAUGCAUAUCACAUCAAUUCCGUUUCGCUCAACACCGAUGUCGCCACGUUCCUUUCGGCCGACGACCUCCGGAUCAACUUGUGGAAUGUCGAAAAUAACAAGGAGUGCUUCAAUAUUGUCGACAUUAAACCACAGAACAUGGAGGAGCUGACCGAGGUGAUUACAUCCUGCGAGUUCCACCCGCUGAAGAGUCACGAACUGGUCUACAGCGUCAGCAAGGGCAGCAUUCGCAUGUGCGACAUGCGCAGCCAAGCGCUCUGCGAUAGCCAUGCUAAGCUUUAUGAAGUUCCCGAGGAUCCGGCAAACAAGUCAUUCUUCUCAGAGAUAGUGUCAUCAAUCUCGGAUGUGAAGUACAGUCAUGACGGUCGGUAUAUUAUGGCGAGAGAUUACAUGACCGUCAAGCUGUGGGAUGUCAACAUGGAGUCCAAGCCGGUGCAGACAUUUGAAGUACACGACUACCUGCAAGGACAGUUGUGCUCUCUGUACGAGAACGACUUCAUCUUCGACAAGUUUGAAUGCUGCUGGAGCUGUGAUGACAACCACCUGCUGACCGGAACAUACAAUAACUUUUUCCGAGUGUUCAACCGGCAAACAGGCGAGCACCAGUGUCUGGAAGCAAGCAGAGAAAUCGCCCGGCCAGACUUUCCGCUCAAACACCGCAAGGUCAUCGCCGGAAGCACCAACACGAAACGCAAGAAGGACGAGUUCAACCUGGAGUCCAUGGACUACAGCAAGAAGGUGUUGCACGCAACGUGGCAUCCACGCGAAGACAUCCUGGCCAUUGCCGCCACCAACAACCUCUACAUCUUCCGCUCCAAGAACCAGAAAAUCGCGCGUUAGUGGUUAGUACCCGAUGUUUGCUGACCUGUUGAUAGCAUCGACAGCGAUAGUGCAUCCUUUUCUUACUCUCAGUGCGGUGAAGUGCUUGGGAUGACGAGGGACCUUUGUCAUGGCACUUGCCUCUUCGUGAGCUGCACUUGCUUUCUUGCAUGUCCCUCGACAGCCAGUCUCUGCAACGUUGGCCACCGGAUGGCAGUUGGAGGUGUAUAAUUUUAGUAGCACGCCUGGUGCUUGUUUUUCAUGAAGAUAUGACUUUGUUGUUUCUGGAAUAUGCCUUACUUGCUAUUGUUUCUGAGUUUCAUCUUGUCAUUUUAUCAAUUGUCAUCUGGCUUUUCCUACGCUUCCUUUCCGGCCAAAGCGCAUUUUGAUCUAGAUUAAGUAAGGGAACACAGGCUUUCAUUGUACAUAAUAAACAUAUUUCCCAUUGUCAAAGACUUGUUCUGUUGCUAUUCUUUGCUUGCUGCGCUGGCAUGGCAAUUGUUUCACUUUCGCGCUCCGUGGAUUCUUCUCAGAUCAGUCUACUAUGUGGUGGAGUAUUAGAGGCAGCAGCAGCAAUUCCCCUGAAGUUAUAAUAUUCAUAACUGCUUUGUUCUGCUCUUGAAUGGCUAUGAGCUGUUUGUUUAUACGUUCAUGACCUGAGAAGGUGCACAGGCAUGGACGACAGACAAGUAAUCAGAAGGAUCAGAGAACUAA